AACUUCCGGGAAGAGUUUACUUCCAAGACAGACACGGAAGUGCUGGGAGGCGCCGGGCGCUGGGAGCCGGUUCGGUUGCGUGUGUCUCUGGCCCUGCGGUCAACCCUGGGAACGUCCCGGAGAGCUAGAUUCCUAGAGGCACGAUUCCGCUAGCCCCGAACAGACUAAGCCAGCGCUCCUGCCCGCUCCCCGACUUAGGAUCCGAUGCCGGCAGCGUCCUGGGGCCCCCGUAGCGGGGCUGGACCAUGAGCCUGCUGGACGGCCUCCCCUCCUCCCCGCGGGCUCUGCUGCAGUCCAGCAAGGCCAGGAUGAAAAAGCUCCCGAAGAAGAGCCAGAACGAGAAGUACCGGCUGAAGUACCUGCGGCUGCGCAAAGCGGCCAAGGCCACUGUGUUUGAAAAUGCUGCUAUUUGUGAUGAAAUUGCUCGUCUUGAAGAAAAAUUUCUUAAAGCAAAAGAAGAAAGAAGGUACUUGCUAAAGAAGCUCCUCCAGCUUCAGGCCCUAACUGAAGGGGAAGUACAGGCUGCAGCUCCUUCCCACAGUUCCAGUUUGCCCCUGACUUACGGUGUGGCCAGCUCUGUGGGAACUAUACAGGGAGCUGGGCCUAUUUCAGGGCCCAGCACUGGGGCUGAGGAACCAUUUGGGAAGAAAUCGAAGAAGGAGAAAAAAGAAAAAGGCAAAGAGAACAACAAACUGGAAGUUCUGAAGAAAACAUGCAAGAAAAAGAAAAUGGAGGGAGGUGCUCGCAAGCUGGUUCAGCCCAUUGCCCUGGAUCCCUCAGGACGGCCUGUGUUCCCCAUCGGACUAGGGGGUCUAACAGUAUAUAGCCUGGGGGAGAUCAUCACCGACCGACCUGGCUUUCAUGAUGAGAGUGCCAUCUACCCUGUGGGCUACUGCAGUACUCGAAUAUAUGCCAGCAUGAAGUGCCCAGACCAGAAGUGUCUAUAUACCUGUCAUAUCAAGGAUGGUGGUGUGCAGCCUCAGUUUGAAAUUGUUCCUGAAGAUGACCCCCAGAAUGCCGUCGUCAGCUCUUCUGCAGAUGCUUGUCAUGCAGAACUGCUCAGGACUAUAAGUGCUACUGUGGGGAAACUAAUGCCUAACCUGCUUCCAGCUGGAGCUGACUUUUUUGGGUUUUCUCAUCCAGCCAUCCAAAACUUGAUCCAGAGCUGUCCAGGAGCUCGAAAAUGCAUCAAUUACCAGUGGGUGAAAUUUGAUGUGUGCAAACCUGGAGACGGGCAGCUACCUGCGGGGCUGCCAGAGAAUGAUGCAGCUAUGAGCUUUGAAGCCUUUCAGAGACAGACCUUUGAUGAAGAUCAGAAUGAUCCCCUUCUGCCAGGAUCCUUGGACCUCCCAGAGCUUCAGCCUGCAGCCUUUGUGUCUUCUUACCAGCCCAUGUACCUGACACAUGAACCCUUGGUAGAUACUCACCUGCAGCACUUGAAGUCUCCAUCACAGGGUAGCCCAAUUCAGUCUUCAGAUGGAACAAGAAGGGAUCAGAUGCCACGUCAUUUUCAUCGUGAUUAAUUUAACUUAAACUAAAAUUUUGGGUAUAUGGAAGAAGGCAGCAAUUCAGAAGUAAAGAAGAUAUUCACAUAUUUCAUCCUGGAGGGUCCUGUGGUGACGGUUUUCCCUGGGAAAAAUUUCAGCUGCUUUAUUUUUAGUAAUAAAUUUCUCUUGUCAAUUCUGUUUAUUUUCAUCUCGUUGUAAUCAGGAUAUAAUCUUUUUUGCUUAGCUCUGCCUGAGGUAGAGUCAACUUCAGCCUCUUAUAAACAAGAGUGAUAGAGAGCUGCUGUCUAGUCUAUUCAGGCUGCUACAACAAAUACCAUACACAGAGUGGUUUAUAAAUAACAUGAAUGUAUUUCUCAUAGUUCUGGCUGCUGGGAAGUCCAAGUUCAAGGUGCUGGCAGAUUCAACGUCUGGUGAGGGCCCACUUCCUAGUUCUUAGACAGCCGUCUUCCUGCCGUGUCCUCACGUAAAGGCAGCUCUCCAGGGUCUCUUUUAUAAGAGCACUAAGCCCGUUCAUGAAGGUCUGCCCUCGUGACCUAAUCACCUCCCAAAGGCCCCACCUCCCCAUACCAUCACAUUGGGGGUUAGGAUUUAACUUACGAAUUUUGGGGAGAUAUAAACAUUUAAGUCUAUAGCAGCAGCUAACGAGGGAGAUAGGGAGAUUCUGACAAACUUCUACUCUUGAUUCUGAUCCUAAUUCAAGGAAUAUCAAGUCCCAGCCCCUGCAGCCCAGGCUGCUGCUUUAUUUUCAUGUCAGUAUCAUCAAAAUCCAAUCUUCUGCUUAAACUCAAGAUGGAAAGUCCAGUCUGAGGUACGCUGUUCAUCUUUUUCUUCACAUUUUGCACAUCCUUCUUUAACCCUUCAUUAUCGCACCUCAGAGAAUGUGCUUUUUAAAGCUCAAUACAUUGAAACCAUAUGAUAACACAAAUUCACAUAUAAUUGGGGGUGAGUCCCAUCCUCUGUAACAGACUUAGUCCUGUCUUUUCAUUAGCCAUGUAGUAAUAUAACUCCAUGUUCCAUGCAAGUGGAUUUGUGGCCCCUGUUAAUAGCAUUAAGGUAGAGGUUUACUGUAUCACCUAACAACUCAGCACUACCUGUGGGACGCCUUAGGCACCCAUCACCACGUUGCCAAGGGCUGUGUGGAGAGGGAGGGACAAAAGGACCCAGAAGUAGAAGAAUGGGGAUGGAGUGGUGAGAAUGAAAUGGUUAAUGCACUACCAUUCAUAAUUGCCAACUGAGGACAACACAAAUGGGAUUGGCGUUUUAUAGUAAUAAAUCUGACCGGCAGAGGGAGGGAUCCGGCAGCAGUGUUUAAAGCACGCCACACUGGCCAGUGUAAACUCAGAAGCUAAGUUAACCGGUAUCUUAUGAUUUUGAGUAUAGUUUUUUUAUAAGUUAUAUACAUUUUACAAUGUAAAAGAAACAACAUUUGUAUAUUAGCGAAUCGGGUGGGAAGGGGAUUGCUUAAAAUGUUAAUGUGUUUUUCUUGCGCAUACUGGCACUUAACACAGAAAUGAUACAUGCUGCUUUUUUCAUAUAACAAAUAUUUUCCCACUAUUACAGCCUGAGUAAUACCCAUAUUAAAAGAGCCUCAUUUUAGAAAGACAUUUACAAUUUUUGGAAUGCAUCACAUGGAGAAAGGUUGAAACUGUUUUUUCAACUAUAAUGCGUAUACAACUACAGUGUGUACGUACACCACAUAUACAUAUACUUGUAUAGAGAUAUGUGUAAAAUGUUUUUACUAUGGAUCAUGGAUUUAAGAAACUUGAAAAGCCGGACACAGUGGCUCACACCUGUAAUCCCAGCACUUUGGGAGGCCCAGGCAGGUGGAUCACAAGGUCCGGAGAUGGAGACCAUCCUGGCUAACUCGGUGAAACCCCGUCUCUACUAAAAAUACAAAAAAUUAGCCAGAUGUGGUGGUGGGCACCUGUAGUCCCAGCUACUCGGGAGGCUGAGGCAGGAGAAUCACUUGAACCUGGGAGGCAGAGGUUGCAGUGAGCUGAGACCGUGCGUGCCACUGCACUCCAGCCUGGGCGACAGAGCAAAACUCCAUCUCAAAAAUAAAUAAAUAAAUUGAAAAACACUGCCAUAGUAUACUUAAACUAUCUUUUCAUCUGUCAGAUUGUUAACGAUUUUUUUUUAUUUUAGCAACAUCCAGUGUCAAUGAGGGUGAGGGAACAAAAGGACUUCCUUGGUGAGAAUGUAAGUUGUUUAAUCCUUUGGGAGAGUUAAGCUGUAGAUAUCAAAAUUUUAAAUAUAUAUUUAUCCCCUUCCACGUUAAGGACCCUAAGAAAUAGUAUGUGGUAUGGACGAGUGUGGUGUGAUGUUUGCAUGUGAUAUUCAUUACAGUAUUAUUUUAAUAGUAGAAAAUUGUUAAAAAAUCUAUAUGUCCAUUAAUAGGAAAUUGGUUAAAUAAAAUGAGGCUUCCACAAACUGAAA